AGCGUAUUUUGUCUUUGCUUCCACCACGAGGAUCUCUAUAAAAUAUAACCCAAUCUCUCUCCCACCUGAAUAAAAAAAAAAAUUCACUCUCUACUCAUUUCGACGCUGGUUACAUAAUCGUUCCGUGUCUCACGUGUAGUAUGAUUUGAUUCGUUAUCAUCUGUGUGAAUUAUGGCGUCGAAAUUAUUAACCAGUUUGCAAGUAUCGUUACAGAAAUUAGAACAGAUUAUUGCGUUUACAUUUUUUAGACGUUUUCCACCUGAUGCAUAUUGUUUAGCUGGAAUAAAUAUUGAUAAUCGACCCGCUCCGUCAAAUGUAGCAAAAUCGAAAUUUUCAUUAAAAGAUUUAAUCGGCGAUGGUUUGUUAUGGGCAGUACCAAAAAAUCGACGUACAAUUGAACGACGAUUAAAACGAAAAUAUGGUUCUCCGGAAUAUGUGGUGAAAAUACUUAAACCAAAGAAUCAUUUACGAAUUUGUGGUAAAUGUGGACACUAUUAUGAAGUUGGUGUUCUUUGCCCACAUUGCUACUCAAAAGUACUGGAAGAAACAAAAGCUAUACAAGACCGUAUACAAGCUGAUUUAAAUUUAGAACCAGUUGAAAAGGAUGUUGUUGUAUUAUAUGAAAAUGAAAAAAUCGAUCCAAACUCCGAAGAAUUUUAUAAAAAUAAACGUAUUGUUGAAAUGAAAAAACCAAGACCUUCAUGGUUUAGUAAAAAUUUACUGCAAAAAACAACACAAGCACCAGCUACAACGUCUGAUGUAAAACCGACGCAACUUGGUUAAAAUAAAAUAAUUCGUAGUGUUAAUUUUUAAUAUAUUGUUUAUUAAA